AUGGAUCCUUUGACAUGGAGUCAAUGCAGCAAGAUAGCGGAGCAACAAUUUACUUGUGAAGGUAAUUUUCCUUGGACAGAUGCAAACGAUAACUCUUGCGAAAUUUCGCCACUGAAACCAACUAAUCAAGAUAAUUGUCACUACGAAGAAGUAAAUAAUUCUUCCAUUUGGGUCAAAUUAUAUCGACAGAAUAGUUGGAUAUUCAAAACUUUUAAGCAAGAAUCUGCCCACAUUAGAUGUUCAAAUUCAAUGGAAGAUAUAAUAAACUUAUCAGGUCAAGGCAUUUUAUCACUAGCAGAAGGAUGUAUGGCACGUAUAAGAGGAACAACAUUAACAUCCUCUAGUAAUCUGCAAAGCUCUGCGAUAGUAGAGGAGCUCAAGCCGGCGAGCCAAGAGGAUAUUCUAAUAAUAUCACUCGAAGCUGAAGAGGAAUACUGUUCAGAAGAAGUAUUCCAUCCUUAUCCAAAAUAUGCUCCAACAGACACCAAGAAGCAAGGUCCCAAGCGUCUUACUAUUGAAGAAUACAGGAGACGGCAGAGACCGAUAAGGCCACCUUCACCAAAACCUCAACAAAAAAGAAGAAGAAGAGAUCGGGAAAAAUCCACUGAUACUGAGGAUUAUAUGCAAAUACAAGUAUCUAAUCAGCAUCCGAUUGGUUUUGAACCUCCCAAGCCUCCGCCACCACCUCCAAUGCCAAUGCAACCGCUUAUUUACAGCAGCAACAACAACAACGAAAAACUUAAUACAGUGAAGUCCAUAAACACACUUGCAUCACCUACGAAUCCCGAUACAGCGACACGUAAACAGCAUCAACCAUUAUCAGCUAUAUCUAUACAGGAUUUAAAUAGCGUACAGCUACGUCGUACGGACACACAAAAAGCGCCUAAACCAUUUCAAAUGCCUGCACGCAGUCUAAGCAUGCAAUGUCUAUCAUCCACUACAGAUACUUAUUUGAAAACUGACCUAAUUGCGGAACUUAAAAUAUCAAAGGACAUACCGGGGAUCAAAAAAAUGAAGGUAGAAAAGCAAAUGGCUAAUCGUAUGGACUCUGAACACUAUUCCGAAAUAACUAAACAAUUCACGGCAAAUAAUUAUGUGGAUCAAAUCUAUAUGCAGAUACCUGACAAGGAUCCAUCUGGUAAUGUUAUACCAGAUUGGAAGAGACAAAUGUUAGCAAAAAAAGCAGCUGAACGUGCCAAAAAAGAUUUCGAGGAUCGCAUGGCUAAGGAAGCGGAAAGUCGUCGUCUCUCACAAAUACCACAAUGGAAACGUGAUUUAUUGGCGCGACGCGAAGAAACUGAAAAUAAAUUAAAAGCCACUAUUUAUACACCUAAAGUAGAGGAGAAUAAUCGUAUAGCUGAAACUUGGCGUUUGAAAAAUCGUGCUAUGUCCAUUGAUAACAUCAGCAUGGUAUCCUGUACAACAGACAUUAUAGCCUAUCAGAGCAACAAUAAGGAAAAUAAUUGUGGUAUUGAAAUGAAUGGUACCAAUGAAAAGCCCAUAGAAGAUGAUAUGCACAAACUUACCGAAAAAUCUCAAGAUGAUGACGAUGCAAAUGAUAAUAUAAUACCUUGGCGAGCACAGUUAAGAAAAACUAAUAGCAGACUGAGUUUAGUUUAGAGAGUAUUUUGA